CCAAUCAGAGAUCACGUUUUCAUGUCGUAGGACGCUUGCUAACGGAAGUAGCAGUGUUACCACAGUUGAGACACAACCUAAGUCUUUAUUCAAAAGCCUGAGGAAUGGUUAAGUGGUUGUUCAUACUCUCUUUUUCGCCUCUCCCUCUGUCUUUCCUGCUGUCAGAUGGAGGUGGAUCAGCUGCUGUCUCUCUCAGGUUCAGCUCUGGCUCAGGCCAUCAGUUCUCUGCUGGAAACUCCAGGCCUCUACGUUUUCUCAGACAUACUAGAACUGCCCAAUGUCCGUGAGUUGGAGACGGGUCCCCAUGCUCCAUUGUAUCAGCUUCUUAAUCUUUUUGCGUAUGGAACCUACUGCGACUACAAAGAGAGGGCAGCCUCACUUCCUGAACUCACACCCGCCCAGAGGAACAAGCUCCGUCACCUGUCAAUAAUCAGCCUGGCCUCCAACCUAAAGUGUCUGCCAUACUCAUUGUUGCUUCAGCAGUUAGAACUGAAGAAUGUACGUGAGCUAGAAGACCUGCUGAUCGAGGCUGUUUACAGUGACAUUAUCCAUGGCAAACUGGACCAGAGGAACCAGCAGGUAGAGGUUGACUGCAGCAUAGGUCGAGACCUGGGCCCCAAUGAAUUACCCAACAUUGCCAACACACUGCAGGAGUGGUGUGCUGGCUGUGAAGCAGUUCUGUGUGGCAUUGAGGAGCAGGUGUCAAGAGCCAAUCAAUACAGAGAGAGCCAGCUCAAGGUCAAAGUUCAAGUGGAGACAGAGGUAUCAAAUUUACAGAAAACCCUUAAGGCAAGCUCAGCUUCCCCAUCAUCUGGCCCUGCCCCAGCUGGGGCAGCAUCCAACCAAGAUGCAGACCAGCCAGCUGAGCCAAGAGACCCUGCCUCCUCUCAGGAACCACGGCAACCAGGAAAAAAGAGUUCAAAGGUCAAAGGGCUUCGUGGGAGCGGAAAGAUCUGGUCAAAGUCUAAUUGAUCUACAAAAGCACUGAGAUCACCUACUCACAGACAGACAUAAUAUUCUGGAAGGCUUGGAUAGAUGGAUAAACAAACCAUGGCCAAUUCUCAUACACAAACCGUCAUCUACAACAAAUACAGGACUUUUACACAACUAUGUGUGCUUGUGCUUAUAUAUGUGUAUAAUGUAUAUGUCAUUUAAUUUGACUCACUCAUUUCCCUGUUUGUUUGUUUGUUUGUUUGUUUGUUUGUUUUGUUCAUCAUUAAAUUUGGAUGUAAAUUGAUGAAACCAAUGAAUAAAUUAUAUCCAUCUGUCA